AUGCCCUUCCACGACCUUAACGUGCCAUACACGACCAACCAUGCCGACCUAGCACACACCCUGGCCUUCCACGCCGAACUUGGCUAUUCGGCCAUAGCCCUCUCCGUCGCCGUGACAGGAAAACUCCCAGCGACACCACCUUCAAUCCCCGUUUCAUCGCUGAGCGUGCCCAAGUCGAUAUCUACUGUGCUGACGCGACUGACCCUGACCAUAUCGGAUGCGGGCCAGAACCACCGCCUGACCUCUCUCCAGCCGCAAUACUCGCUCCUGGCACUGCGGCCGACGAACGAAAAAGCCCUGCAACUCUGCUGCAACUCGCUGGACUGCGAUCUGAUCUCGUUGGACUUCAGCCAGCGAUUGCCGUUCAUCUUGAAAUUCAAGACCGUGGCGUCGGCGCUGCAGCGCGGCGUGCGAUUCGAGAUCUGCUACGCCGCCGGCGUGCAGGGCGGGAACAGCGACGCGCGCAGGAACCUGAUCAGUGGAGCGGCAGCGCUGAUCCGCGCGACGAGAGGUCGAGGCAUCAUAUUCAGCAGUGAGGCCAGGAGUGCGUUGGGAGUCCGAGCACCCCACGAUCUCAUCAAUUUGGCGCAGGUAUGGGGUUUGGGCCAGGAGAGGGGGAAAGAGGCGCUCUGUGAAGAGGCCGGGAAGGUCGUCAGGUUGGCCGCGCUGAAAAGGUCUAGUUUCCGCGGCGUCGUCGAUGUCGUUGAUGGCGGAGGGGCUGCGCGAGCAAAGUCUGUGCAGGGCCCAAAGAAUACUUCGGUCACGGAGCAAAAGGGGGCCGCCACAAGACCUGCUGGUUCUGGGGGAAUGAAAGAUGGCACGGCUGGGCAAAAAGGCAUGGAUCCCAGUCAUGCAGGGCCAGGAAGAGAAGAGACGACGGAACAAAAAGGCCCCAAAGGAGUAACGGGUGGCUCGACUGCCCGAGUGGACGUGGCUAUGUCCAACUCGAACGACCUUAAGAGGAAAGCCUCCUCUGCGUCCAUCAUAUCACAAGCAACAACAUCAGCAACUACCGAGCCUACCUCGGACCAGAAAGGAGAAGAAAAGCCGCUUUCCAAGCGCGAAAUGAAAAGGCGAGCCAAGAAAGCGAGGCUCGAAGCCCAAGUCGGGCUCGACGAUAAGGGUUCUGCUCGUGGUCAGACAACCACUGCCAGUGUGUCCUGA